AUGCUUUGGUUUGUGUUGGCAAUUCUUCUGCCACUUUUAGCCGUGGCUAAUGCAGCUACCCACGAGUAUUUUUUCAACACCACGCUCGUGACUGCUAACCCGGAUGGCGAACAUGAAAGACCGGUCAUCGGCAUCAACGGGCAGUGGCCCAAUCCGGUGAUUCAGGUCGCCAAAAACGACCGUGUCAUCAUACACCUUCAUAAUGGGAUGUCCGACCGAAAUGUGUCGUUGCAUUUCCAUGGUUUGUUCAUGGAGUCCACCAAUUCCAUGGACGGCCCCGAGUAUGUCACCCAAUGCCCCAUCCCCCCGGGCCACACAUAUUUGUAUGAUUUUGUUGUGAAGCAAGCUGGCACAUAUUGGUACCACUCGCAUCUGGGCUCGCAAUAUAGCGAUGGUCUCCGGGGUGUGUUUAUCGUGGAGGAAAACUCCGAGGAGGAUUACCCAUUCAAGUUUGACCAGCAGGUGCCCUUGACUGUGGGGGAUCACUAUCACUUGGAGAGUAGGGAUAUCAUGAAAUCUUUCCAGUCAAGAUACAACCCAACAGGGGCAGAGCCAAUUCCACAGAAUUCUUUGUUCAACGAGUCCCGGUCAGUUUCGUGGAACGUGCAGCCCGACACCACAUAUUACUUGCGAAUUGUGAACGUUGGUAUGUUUGUAAGCCAGUACUUGUACAUCGAGGACCACGAAUUGACCAUUGUUGAAGUGGAUGGUGUGUAUGUGAAGCCGGUUACGGUGGACUCCUUGUACCUUGGCGUGGCCCAGAGGUACGGCGUAUUACUCAAAACCAAGAGAAGCCCCAAGCAGGACUCGUUUAGGUUUGUGAACAUCAUGGACGAGCCCAUGCUUGAUUUCCUCCCCUCGGACCUCAAAAUCAUAUCUACGAACUACUUAGACUACGCGGAGGAGCCGCACCACGCAGAGCCUUUAGCCAAUGGUCACAAGCACUUCGAGAAGCUCAUCAAAACAAUUCACCCCAUCAAUGAUAUGGACUUGAUCACCCAUCGAGAAGACGUUUUGUUCGACAGCCCGGACUACCAAAUCGUGCUUAACUUCACAAUGGACAAUCUUGGCGACGGAAUCAGCUACGCCUUCUUCAAUGGGAUUUCCUACACUGCACCUAAAGUGCCCACUCUUUACAGUGUCUUGUCCAGCGGCGAAUACGCCAAUCAUCCCGCGAUAUACGGAUCCAACACCAACACUUUUGUUCUCCAGGAAAACGAGAUCGUCGAGAUCGUCUUGAACAACAUGGACCCUGGUUUGCACCCAUUCCAUUUACAUGGGCACACGUUCCAGGUAAUUUCGCGGUCUGAGGGCACCGAUGAUGACGAAAACCCUCAGAUUUAUAACCUGCUGGAUACGCUGCACACCCAUUUCCCUGAGCACCCUUUGGUAAGAGACACUGUCGUGGUGCAAUCCAAUGGAUUUGUGGUGCUCAGGUUCAAGGCCAAUAAUCCUGGCGUCUGGCUUUUUCAUUGUCACGUGGACUGGCAUUUGGAGCAGGGGCUCGCAAUCACGUUGGUUGAAUCGCCUCUGGCCAUACAAGAAAGGCAAACGCCAAUCCAUGAAUCGCAUUUAGCAGCGUGUGCAGCUCUUGGCAUCUCGUCUGCUGGAAAUGCGGCCGGAAAUAAAGGAGACUCGGAAUCGGCGUGGCUUGAUUUGAGUGGGGAGAACUUACAGUACAAGCCAUUGCCUCCAGGAUUCACAAGCAAGGGAUACGUUGCGCUUUUUGCGUGUGCCGCUGCAGCAGUGUUCGGUGUUUUCUCGAUCUACGAAUACGGAAUGGAGGACAUCAACACCGAUGACACGGAGCACGUUGUGAACAAAUUGUACAGUAUUCUUGAGAAGUACGAUGACACAGAUACUAGCGCCAUGUUGGGCCAGGAAGAAGAUAUUUGA